AUGGCGCGUGCACGGUCACAUGCAAGAUCCCAGGAUGAUCGGACGAAAGCAGGGGUUCCCCUGACAGCGGACAGGGACAAGGGAGAGGGAGAGGAGAGAGCACAAGAGGUGGACCGAGAGGUAGAGGUCGGGGCUCUAGAGGUUGUGGACGUGGACGGGGACAGGGACAGGGAGGUAUCACCCAGAAGUAGUUCUGAGGAGGAACUUGAGGAGAUCUCAGAGGAUGGACUGGGAGACAUCUCAGAGGAGGAAGAUGAAUGGGAUACACACCAGGACAGUUCAGAAAGCGACAAGUCUCAAACUGAGCAUUCAGGCAUGGAAAACAAUGAUUCAGAUGACCCCACCAAGUCUGACUCACAGAGCCUCUUGCCAACAAACAGCCUUCAAGAUAUUACACCCUCUCCAACCCCAAGCGAACACCACAUGCAACUUCCUGCUCUAUCCCUCACAAUUGGCUCGGACAUAGAUGCAAAUGAUCAUAUUGACAGUGGUGAUUCAGAGGACAAGGCCGAUGAGACUGUUGUGGUGUGUAUCAAUGGUCAUCAAUGGGUCCGGGGACAUAUAGAGUUCAUGGUCAUUUGGGAGGAUAGUGAUAUCACCUGGGAACCACUCAGCAAUGUUGAUGAGUGCGAGGCAAUGACGAUGUACCUCGAAAGUUGCAGGAGAACUGAUCCACUGAGCCUUCCCAAGCGAAAAUGCCUCAUUGACACCACACUACAAGUGCAUAUCCAUUAG